GACGCUCCAUCUCUUUCACACUAUAACCUGCAGCUAACAGAGUUGGAGCUAACAUUCUGUGUAGCCGACAGGAUGGGUGUAUCAGAUUUACUGUCUGAUCAAAAUGCAGGUCCUGUGAUGGAUCUUUCAGCCCGGGGUAUGCAAAAGCUGGAUCCUAGUUUCAUGUGCUCUGAGGACACUCAUACCCUCAUCCUUGACCGUAAUCACAUAAUGAAACUGGACCAUUUGGAGCGGAGCCCAGGCCUUAAGCAGCUAUCAGUUGCCAAUAAUCGUUUGGUGAGGAUGAUGGGUGUGUCACGGUUAACAGAGUUGAGAGUCCUCAAUCUUCCUAACAACAGUAUUGGUUACAUUGAAGGGCUAAGGGAUCUGCCACAAUUGGAAUGGCUCAAUCUCUCUGGGAACAAUAUUAAGGUCAUUGAGCAACUCAACAACUGUGUUUCCCUUCAACAUCUGGAUUUGUCUGAUAAUAACAUAUCCACUAUUGGUGACCUCACUAAACUGGUGGCAUUAAAGACACUCUUACUGCAUGGAAACAGCAUUACAACUCUCCGCACUGUUCCUGCUCACCUCCCUGCUCAUUUAUCCAUCCUCUCCCUGGCAGAGAACGAAAUUAGGGAUCUCAAUGAGGUGUCAUACCUUGCACCUCUCCAUGACUUGGAGCAGCUGUCCAUUAUGAGCAACCCUUGUAUUAUGUCAACUCCCUCAUUGCCGGGAUUUGACUAUCGGCCUUAUAUCAUGAGUUGGUGCUUGAGCCUCAAGGUCCUGGAUGGCUAUGUAGUAUCACAGAAAGAAGGUCUUAAAGCAGAGUGGCUCUACAGUCAAGGUAAAGGGCGAUCAUAUCGACCUGGUCAGCAUGUUCAGUUGGUUCAGUAUCUAGCCACUGUUUGCCCACUGACAUCAUCACCAGCCCUUGAGACGGCAGAAGAUGCCAAACUGGAGAAGAUCCUCAGUAAGCAAAGGUUUCACCAGAUGCAACUAUUAGAGGAGACCACUGGCGGAUGUCCGAGCCCUCCCCGCCCAACUCAGCUAGAUGUGGAGAGGCAAAGUCCUUCACAUGAAGGACCACAGGGGGGAGCAAGAGAGCUAAAGAGGAUCAGUUCACCUGCACCAGCUGCUGCGCCAUCAGUACGGGAAACAGAGCCAGUUGUGCAGUUUAACACUUGGGUUAGUUGUGAUUCCUCCCAUACAUCAAUGCCAGUCGUUCGCAGCCCAAGGCCUGGAGAGGAGCACAUGUAUUUAGAGGAUGUGCUGACAGAUGAGGACAAACUAAAUGGCAGCAUGCUUUCCUCAGAAUCCACCUUUCUCCCCUUCACAUCUGAUCUGGACCCACAGACGACCCACUCUGACAGUGAGGAUGAGACAGAGACAUUUGAACUUGAUUCCCUGGCUCCGAAGCGGCCAGCACAGCAGAAAAAGCACAACCUAAACAAGACACAUCAGUCACCAGUGGACAAGCAAGAGAGAGGCUCUGAAAAAGAGGUUAUAUCUGGUGGGGCCACUACAUCUGGAACACUUGCUCUGAGAAUUAGCACACCACAAAAUGAUGUGGAAAUUUCCUCUAAUUUUGGUAGAGAGGAGACAAAAGAAGCCCCCAAGCUGGAAGAAGUUAACAUAUGUGCAAGUAAGUCAGCUACGACUGAAGCAGAAAAGGCAGCAAUUAAAAUUCAAUCAUGGUGGAGGGGGCUGCACACUCGCUGUUGUCACCCUGUGGCUAAAGAAGUGCGCAGUGAAAUCCGCCUGCGCAGGAUGCAAGAGCACAUUCUUUUUUUGUCUGGAAAACUGGACAGAGUGCAGCAGCAGUAUGAAGAGGAGCGGUUACAGAGGCUGGUUCAGGAGGAAGCUUUAAAGUUUCUGUGGAAACAGCUCCAGUCUAUGCAGCAGUGGAAACAGUCUGUGGAGCAGCAGCUGGCCACCAUAACUCAGACUGUUACACCAGCUCAGGUCUCAGCUCCUGGACUCCCUGAGGCUGCCCCGCCCGUUGAAUCCAGCACCAAGAACACCCCUAGCACAGAUGUCUCCUUCCCAGACUCAGGCUUCCCAUCCACAGGUGACCACCAGGCAGCACAAGACGACAGCUUCCUGAGCAGCGGGACCACAGACUCUCUGAAGACAGUUCGAGCACUGAGUCCGGUUGCUGCGGACAGCGCAGACUGCAGCCUCUUGGAGCAGUACCUCUCCUCUGUACAGCAGAGGGAGCAAGAGGCUGAAGAGGUUGCCAGUGAUAGAACAGAUACACCACAGCCCUCCUUGCCAGUUUCACCAAGUAAAGCCACGCAGUCCAAUUCGCCCCUGAAGAAGGCAGGAGACCAUAAAUCAGAGGAGCUAAGUGGGGAAGGAAGCACUCCUCCUGGCCCUGUUUGAGAGACUACAUCUAAUGGCGCUUGUACAGAACCACUGAGUGUGUGUAAAUUUGGCAGUGCCUGUAGGAUCCAGAUGUGGAGGUCCUUUUUCAAGACACAGCUGGACUUGUCUGACCUAGAUUGCAAAUUGUAGUGCACUUAUUUUCCAUUGUUAUGAAAGACUGAACCCAGUGCCGACUUGGAAGACUGUAACAUACUGUGAAUGUCAUUCAAGUGUUUCUAAAACUUGGAUCUGGUGUGUUAUUCAGUGGAAAUUUUUCUCUCUGUGUAAAGAUAAUUGUGAUGUAGUUUAGGAAGCUUCUAGCAACUUAAAAUAGAAGGUUAGUAUGUCUACAGUUUAAAGGACCAGACAGGGUUUGACCUAUAUACUUCACCAAUAUCCAAAUUAUACAAGGUAUAAGUGAAAAUAAAUAAGAUGAUGUAUAAUAUAAAUUAAUCCACAACAAAUAUUUAAUCGAUUACCAAGUAGAGUUAAUAGCUGUUUUUAUAACUAAACAUCACAUCAUCUAAAAAUGUUGUAGCAGUAUUUUAAAAAUGUAAAUAAAUCCUCCUUUAUUAUUUUCUAA